UACUUCGGGAAAAUAAGUGUAGUGAUAUAUAUAUAAGAACCUUAAGCGUGCUUUCCAUCGAACAGGGUGAGCAGUCGGCACGCCGAAAAGAACAGGCCGAAAAAGAACUUAAACAUCAUUUAAUUGUAAGAAAAAACAAGAUGCCAGAACCAGAGGGUCAAGCAAUGGAAGAUGGGGAAGUCGAGACCUUUGCUUUCCAAGCAGAGAUUGCUCAGUUGAUGAGUUUGAUCAUCAAUACUUUCUACUCCAACAAAGAAAUCUUUUUGCGUGAAUUGAUUUCUAACUGCUCUGAUGCUCUAGACAAAAUCCGUUAUGAAAGUCUCACAGAUCCAUCAAAACUAGAUUCUGGCAAAGAACUAGAAAUUAAGAUCGUCCCAAACAAAGAUGACAACACACUGUCCAUCAUGGACACAGGAAUUGGAAUGACCAAGGCUGAUUUAGUAAACAAUCUUGGAACCAUUGCUCGUUCUGGAACCAAAGCUUUUAUGGAGGCUUUGCAAGCUGGUGCUGAUAUUUCUAUGAUUGGACAGUUUGGUGUAGGUUUUUAUUCUGCCUACUUGGUCGCCGACAGAGUUGUGGUCGAGACGAAGAACAACGACGAUGAACACUACAUCUGGGAAUCAUCUGCUGGUGGCUCUUUCACUGUCAAAAGUGGGGAUGGUUCAUUUAGUAGAGGAACACUCAUCACCUUGCACAUGAAAGAAGAUCAAGCUGAAUACCUUGAAGAAAAGAAGGUAAAGGAAAUUGUCAAAAAACACAGUCAGUUCAUCGGUUACCCAAUCAAACUCCAGGUGGAAAAGGAAAGGGAUGUGGAAGUGUCUGAUGAUGAAGAAGAGGAGGAAAAGAAGGAAGAGGACAAAGAUGCUGAGAAGACAGAAGAUGAAAAGCCAAAGGUAGAAGACUUGGAUGAUGAAGAUGAUGAUGAAGACAAGUCAAAAGACAAGAAAAAGAAGAAGAUCAAGGAAAAGUACAUAGAAGAUGAGGAAUUGAACAAGACAAAGCCACUCUGGACCCGAAACCCUGAUGACAUCACACAGGAGGAGUAUGGUGAAUUCUACAAAUCCCUCACUAAUGAUUGGGAGGAUCAUUUGGCUGUCAAGCAUUUCUCUGUGGAAGGUCAGCUGGAAUUCCGAGCAUUGCUGUUUGUCCCAAGGAGAGCACCAUUUGACCUGUUCGAAAAUAAGAAAAAGAAGAACAACAUUAAGUUGUAUGUGAGGAGAGUGUUUAUCAUGGACAAUUGUGAUGAAGUCAUUCCAGAGUACCUCAACUUUGUCAGGGGUGUUGUAGACUCGGAAGAUCUCCCACUAAAUAUUUCAAGAGAAAUGCUGCAACAAAGCAAAAUCCUCAAAGUCAUCAGAAAGAACUUGGUGAAGAAAUGCAUGGAGCUGUUCGAUGACAUCGCAGAGGACAAGGAAAACUACAAGAAAUUUUACGAACAGUUUGCAAAGAACCUAAAGCUUGGAAUCCACGAAGACACAACAAACCGAAAGAAGAUUGCAGAUUUCCUCCGGUACCACACAUCUCAGUCUGGUGAUGAAAUGACUUCAUUUAAGGAAUAUGUCUCCAGGAUGAAGGAAAAUCAGAAAAGCAUCUACUACAUCACAGGUGAGAGCCGAGAGGUAGUCCAAAGUUCAGCAUUUGUGGAAAAUGUGAAAAAGAGGGGCAUUGAGGUCAUUUACAUGGUGGAUCCCAUCGAUGAAUAUGCAGUACAGCAGCUGAAGGAAUAUGAAGGAAAGGCCCUGGUGUCCGUGACAAAAGAAGGACUAGAAUUGCCAGAGGAUGAGGAAGAAAAGAAGAGGUUCGAGGAAGCUACUGCCGAGUUCGAGGGUCUAUGUAAAGUUGUCAAAGAAAUCCUGGACAAGAAAGUUGAAAAGGUAACAGUUUCCAACCGACUAGUCACAUCCCCAUGCUGUAUCGUAACAAGUCAGUAUGGUUGGUCUGCAAACAUGGAGAGGAUCAUGAAAGCUCAGGCCCUGCGGGAUUCAUCCACUAUGGGAUACAUGGCUGCCAAGAAACAUCUAGAGAUAAAUCAUGAACACGCCAUCAUCAAAGCCCUUAAGGAAAAAGCUGGACUUGACAAGAACGACAAAUCUGUGAAAGAUCUUGUUUUGCUGUUGUUUGAAACCUCCAUGCUUGCCUCAGGAUUUUCAUUGGAGGAGCCCGGUACCCAUGCCAACAGAAUCCACAGGAUGAUCAAACUUGGACUUGGAAUUGACGACGAUGACUCCGGAGCACCAGAAACCUCUGAUGAGAACGUAGAAGAGCCCCCACCACUAGAAGGGGAUGAGGAUGAUGCUUCAAGAAUGGAAGAAGUAGAUUAAGUGAAAAAACUGCACCCUUUAAAACUUCAGCAAUGGACCAUAGAACAGAAAGAUGUUAACUUGAGAUUAGGAAUAUCUAUUUGAUAUUUCAAUACUAAAUGCUGAUUUUGCAUUUCUUCUCAUUUGACAUUCCAUCUUAGACUAUUAUGUAACAUUUGCAUCGCGACGUCUGUGUUUCAAGAUUAAGACUGCGAGAAUAUUGCACCUUUUGAAGGUAGAAGCAACAUGAUCAACAAAAACUUGUAAUGUGAUUUGUUCUCCGCAAAAUUCAUCAAUCAUAAUAGAUCAUCAACAUCAUUUGUUCCCUCAUUUUCACCUGUGAUAUUUGUGGGUUUUUUUACGUCGGCUGUUUUGUAAGUGUUUAAAAAAUGAAUAAAAAGAACAAAAAAAA